UGGACAAGUAACAAGUACUUUUGGAUGUGAGGGAAAAAAUAUGGAGUAAAAAGUUUAUUUUUUCUUUAGGAAUGUAAGUACUUUACACCACUGAUGAAGAAUAAUGAUGGAAGUUUGGCUGUUUUUACUGAGCCGGAUCGUUUCGACUCGUUCAGUCAAAGGAACGAAUCUUCGACUAAUUUCAUUCAUUUGAGUCAGUAUUGACCAGAGCACGAAGGAACACUUAUCUUUCGCGAACAGUAGCACCCCAAACGAUUCGUUUUCGAGUUUGUUAAUCAGAGGUGUUGGAGGCCUAUGUUUUGUUUCUUUUUUUUCUCUAUGCAUGACCUAAUUUGCCUGCGCGCAUAUAUGACAGACAGUUGUUGGUCGGGGCACAUCUCCAGAGUCACCGGAGAUGCCCGUUUUAAUCCUGAUCAAUCAGAAAAAUGAAUCAUGACUCUCGUUUCAGUAAGAGUUGUUCAAAAAUAACAAAUCGUCCGCGAACUGCACAUCCCUAAUAAAGAACUGAGGUUGUGAUUGCUCUGAGCAUGUGACAUUUCAGGAUUUUGUUGCGGCAGCAACAAAUAUUAUACAUUUUUGCUAAACAUAUUGAACUUCAACUGUGGAGUUUAAAAAGUGUUCUAGGUCUGCUUCUUAACGGAAUUACUUUUGUUUUCACUUUGUACCUACCUACGAUGCAAACUUCAAAAGUCGCUCAAGCUGAUUUAACCAUGCCAGGUGAGGAGUCUAGCCAAGAAAAAGGAGGCAGAUGCUGAAGACGUGCCUAAUUUCUUCUGCUGCUUUCCAGGACACACAAGAAAGAGGCUGCAUAGACACACAGGGGAUAUACUGUGUCACAAAGAAGGCUGCAGAUGACAUGGACAAGAGGCUGAACCCCAAAACAAUGGAGGAUUUUAAACUAAUUCUCCUAAUUUAAGCUAUUUUCCCACUGAUCUGAAGCUCCUGCGACAAAGUGGGCCCAUGCCAUGUUGAGGAGACAGAGAACUGGCUCUCUUCUGAACGCUUUGCUGUGGUUUCUCUUCUUCAUUGCCAUGACAAUGAAACAGGCUUAUGGACAAUCCAUUAGCAGUUCAGAAAUUCACCAAAUUGUGAAAACAUUUAUUAAGGAGGAAGUUCACAGGAUGGAAUCAUUUGAUUGCAGACUGUACACCCCAACUUUAGCUGAUUAUAAGAAAUGUCCCAGGUCCACACUCACAUGCUUUACGACAGAAGUAAAAGUCCUGAUGUUAGAAUAUGGGAAACGUUCUUCAUCCUUACACCAGAAAAGACUCACCAAACGACUGACUAAAUUGAUGUCCUUGAUAAAACAGAAGGAUGGUGCCAACUGUCCACACUGUGAGGUCCACAGAGAACAGGCAGCAAAUGAUUUCUUAACAACAUUACUAGGGAUUCUGGAGUGGAUGAACAAUCAGGGGUCUCAGUUGCCAGACAGCCACUGAGAUGUACACACCCAUAGCCAGGGACAUCCAAGGACUCACAUAAGAGCAGAAAGCUACCUGAACAAUUGCUAGAUGUAGCAAAAUACUAUAUACACUACCAAGUUUGGGGUCACUUAGAAAUAUCCUUGUUUUUGAAAGAAAAGCACUUUUUUUGUCCGUUAAUAUAACAUCAAAUUGGUCAGAAAUACAGUGUAGACAUUGUUAAUGUUAAUGUGCAUAUUUGUAAACAACAGCUGGUGCACAAAAUCUAAGGAAGUCUCUAGAUUUUACUCACCUGAAGUAGAGUAUCUUAUGAUAAACUGCAGACCACACUAUUUGCCAAGAAAGUUUUCAUCUUUACUUUUCGUGGUUGUUUAUUUACCACCACAGAUGGAUGCUGGCACAAAGACCGCACUCAGUCAGCUGUAUCAGGAAAUAAGCAAACAGGAAACCG